AUGAUGCUGUGCUGCGCCAUUCGAUGUACCUGCCCCAAUCCCCACCCCCCUUGUUCAGCCCGUCAGGUGGAGGAUUGCGUUUCGUCCAACAACCCCACCCUCCUCAAGGACCAGGACAUGGACGCCCCGGAUGAUACUGUGCUGCGCCUGGCCCAGCUGGCUCUGCGCUGCACUGUGCAGUGCACUGCAAGCCGGCCCAGCAUGGCCACCAUUGCCAACGAGCUGCAGGGAAUCAGGCACGAGGUGGUGGGGAAGGAGGUGCUGAGUGCAGCGGUAAAGCUUUUCCUGCAGUGCGAUAGAAAAGAUGGUCUCUCACUAUUCGAUCUCACGUCUGGCGCCUCUGCUGCCCCUGCUGCCGAUACUCACAGUACUGUUCGCUCACAGUGGGCCACACGCGAUGCUGCUGCCCGUCUUGCUGUACGUAGUCACUUGCCGUCCACUGAGCGCGCGCACUUUAGUCAGUACAAGAGUGCUAAGACCUUGUACGACGCUGUAGUUGUCCGCUACUCUUCCCCUGCCACUGCUGCCCUUAGUCGCCUCAUGCUGCCGUACCUCUUCCCUGACCUCGCCGCCUUUCCCAGAGUCGCUGACCUCAUUACGCACCUUCGCACUAGUGACACCCGCUACCGCGCUAGGCUUCUUGCUGAGUUCUGCGCCAAGAACCCCCCCCCCCCCCCCCCCAUGUACAUCACCCUCUACUACCUAGUCACCCGACUCCCUGACUCCCUUCGCUCGGAUAGGGACCACUUCCUCUCUGUUUGCCCCACCACCCUCACCGCUGACCUCCUCGAGGAGCGCCUCCUGGCAGCUGAGAAGAGUAUAGUCGCUGUAGGAGCCUCUCGUGGUGACCCUCGUGCCCCCUUCUUUGAGGGGUGCUCCCCCUCCCCCCUUUUGCCCCCUGUUGCCUCUUCUGCUGCGGUCGACCUCGUUGGCACCGAGUCGAUCGGCGCUGCAUCUGCCCUUAGCGGGAGACGCCGCAGCGGAAAGGACAAGGGGGGCAAGGGCGCUGGAGGAGCUAGCGGGGGCAAUGGAGGUGGCGGUGGAGGUGGUGGUGGAGGCGGCGGAGGGGGUGGGGGUGGCGGGGUUGCUAUCUUUGAUCUUGAUUAUGAUGCUAUUCUUGCUGCCAUGUAUGUUGUGUCUACUAGUGAUGAGGGUGACUGUUACCUGUGUGUUCCGCCUGACCCGGGCAUUGAGGCUGCUGCUCUAGGUACUGGUGAGGCUGCUGCCCCAGGUGCUGGUGAGUCUACUGCCCCAGGUGCUGGUGAGUCUGCUCUCUCGGGUACCACACCGCACCACACUCACGCCGCUUAG